AUGAUGGAACUCAAACUUGAGAUGCCACGAUCAUAUAAUUUACACAUGCCAAUAAGUUUAGCGAUGCAGCGUAAGCCAUCAGUACAAAUACCGUCACCUAAAAAAGCAGUUCAAGAUGAAUAUAUACCAUUUAUAAUAAAUUUAUUUUAUUUUUUUUUAAUUAUCAUUUAUCCUUUUAUUUAUCACCUAUCUCCCCUAUUUAUUACUCCAAUACCUAUUUUUAAUAAAAAAUUCUAUUAAUUAGCACAUAAUAAUUGGUCAUAAAUAAUCCUUAAAUAUAUGAGUAUUCAUAGUAAUUCCCCAUCGACGAUUUUCUGAACAAAUCAAGCUACCACCUUUAACAAAAACCAGGCCUCGAAUUGAAAGUUGCAAUGCAUGUAUAGGAUCUUCUAGCGAGUAUCUAGGAAAUCACAAAUCAGGGAGGACACUAAAGUACUUACCUUAUAUAUACGCACAGUCCGGAUUCGAUGGAGUAAACAGAAUGCUUACUGAUCUUAAAAAAGAACUGGAUGAUUCUCCAGGGAUUGAGAGGAAAGCAGGUCUUGUAAAUAUUCUUGAAGAUAUAAGACCAAAAGAACGCGAACUCCACCGAAGCAAGACAUUUAAUUCCUUAAGAUAG